AUACAGACUGUACAUCACAAAUAAGUGAUGACUAUUGGGACAAGGUCAUAAUUCCAUUUUUAACAAAACAUAAAUUGAAAAAUGCGUUUUCAAUGGAAGAUGACGAACAAACGCUAAUAAAUAUGUUUGGAGAAGAGAACAAAAAGAAGCUCUUAGAACCAGGCAAUCUGAAUUUGAUAUAUAGCUUGACCGAUAUCGAAGAGGAUGCUAUAAAAGUUCUUGAAAUUGUGAGUCGAAUACGAUUAGUUUUGUAUCUUAAAGAAUUUUCUGUUUGCCAGACCUUGACAUCGCUGGAGAAAAAAUGGCCAACAUCUCUUCCUUCUGAUCUAUUGGACAAGCGAUUGCGAGAUAUUUUAUGGGCUUCUGAGUUUAUAAAAUGGGUAAUUAUGCAAUGGCAAGAUGGUACUUUUCUAAAAGAAAUGAAAGAGCAAUGGAUCAAAACACAGUUAGCAUCUCGGCUCCUCGUGCCACUGAGACCAGUAAAACCAGGCGAAAUUGAAUCAAACGCAGAAAAAAUAGUCUCUAACUACAAUAAAGCAUUGAUAUUAUCAAAAAUAAAGUCAAAAACUCGUGUAGAUGGACUUGAUGAUGAUGAAGAAUUUGAGAAUGUUUGGGUUGAACUGAAAGGUGGCUUCGGUAAUUAUCAUGAAGCUGAAAACCAAAACAAUCGUGAAGAUUUAGGCAUAUUGCUUAAGGGAUUCUCAAUAAUGUCCGUAAUGCAAGCACUUACGUUGCCGGAAGAUGCAAAAAAAAACAUUGGUGAUCUCGAAUUUUUCGGAAUAAGAGGGAUUGGAAAUCAUUUUCAGUUCUGGGGCAGUUUUCAGGCUUCCCAAUAUCUCAUGUGCUCGUAUCUGUUAGGAGAAUUUCGCUUACCAUCAUUUGAGGGAAGAGAAGGUAGUGGCAUUCAAGAUCUAUUAUAUGCAAUUAAAAUCGUUUACUCAUUCAAGGUAAGGGUGGAAGCCAGUAAAUUAAAGUUUCAUCAGAUCAGAGCUCUAGCAAGAAGUAAAAGAAUUUUUGAAGCUAAAUCUUCGCCAAUCAAAGCAAAAAGAGUUAGAGAACAACGAACUUAUCGUUGA